AUGCCAGAGCUAGCUGAGGUGGAAAGGUGUCGGCGCACACUGUCUCAACAUUGCGUAGGAAAACAGAUCGCCGCCCAAGGCAUACGGUCAGAGCUGAGCAGUUCAGCUGCACCUGUUGGCGCUAACAUUGGUUCUCUUUUCGCUACCCGUCCAGGCAAGUAUGUGUGGCUGGAGAUGAACGGAGAAGGGCCUUGUGUUAUGUUCCAUCUGGGGAUGACGGGUAACUUCUACGUCAAGGGAGAGACCGACGUACUCCAUCUGACGAGCGAGUCCAAGUAUUCGGUAACUGACGCAUGGCCGCCCAAGGCCACCAAGUGUUUGUUGAAGAUGACUGAUGACACUGAGAUCGCCUUUAUCAAUACACGACGCCUGGGCAGGAUCAGGCUGGAAAUAGAUCCGUGGAAGUGUGCGACAAUCUGCAAACUUGGCUUUGAUGCGUACACGGACUUGCCACCUCUGGCCGAGUUCUCCCAAUUGUUGCGUCGAAGGAAGGGUCCAAUCAAGUCCGUUUUAUUGGACCAAUCGUUUGCUGCGGGUCUGGGCAACUGGCUGGCGGAUGAGAUCCUCUACCACAGUGUCAUGCACCCGCAAGAGGCCACAGCAACACUCUCUGAUGAGCAAGUGCUGUCUAUAUACACCAGC